AGGGAUGAGGGGGAGGGGCUGCAAACGAGAGGAAUGGUCGGAAUUAGUACCGUAUUCACAAUCAUCACCACCACCACCGCCAGCAGCAGCAGCAGCAGCAGCAGCAGCAGCAGCAGCAGCAGCAGCAGCAGCAGCAGCAGCAGCAGCAGCAGCAGCAGCAGCAGCCAGCAGCAGCAGCAGCAGCAGCAGCAGCAGCAGCAGCAGCAGCACAGCAGCAGCAGCAGCAGCAGCAGCAGCAGCAGCAGCAGCAGCAGCAGCAGCAGCAGCAGCAGCAGCAGCAGCAGCAGCAGCAGCAGCAGCAGCAGCAGCAGCAGCAGCAGCAGCAGCAGCAGCAGCAGCAGCAGCAGCAGCAGCAGCAGCAGCAGUAGCAGCAGCAGGUGCAGCAUUACCUGCGAGGAUGUUUUCCAGUGGUUCGCCUUCCUCUGGCGCGUUCUCGGGCACGUGGUGCUGCAGAUACCCGGGCUGACGGGCACGGGGGCGAGGGGGAAG